AGGCUAUUUGAAAGAGGGUUGGCUUAUGUUGGAACAGACUUCCUAUCUUUCCCACUUUGGGAUAAAUAUAUUGAAUAUGAGUGCAUGCAGCAGGAGUGGUCCCGUGUUGCCAUGAUCUAUACACGGAUAUUGGAGAACCCCAGCCAACAACUGGAUCGAUAUUUCGAAGGUUUUAAAGAACUUGUUGCUAGUCGGCCUCUAUCAGAGUUGAGGACUGUUGAGGAACCUGCUGCUGAGGAUGCAGCAAAUUCAGAAGCUGGGGGGCCAAAAAUUGAGGGAGAGGUUCAUCCUAAUGCUUCUGAGCAAUCUCCUAAACCUGUAAGUGACAGCUUAAAAGAAGCCGAGGAGUUGGAGAAGUAUAUCGCCGUUAGAGAAGAGUUGUAUACGAAAGCUACAGAGUUCAAUUCUAAGAUCAUUGGUUUUGAAACAGCUAUCAGGAGGCCGUACUUUCAUGUGCGGCCCCUCAAUGUCGCCGAGCUUGAAAAUUGGCAUAACUAUCUUGAUUUCAUUGAGGGAGAAGGUGAUUUCAAUAAGGUAUUUGCGUUUAUUAAUUCUANUUUCAUGUGCGGCCCCUCAAUGUCGCCGAGCUUGAAAAUUGGCAUAACUAUCUUGAUGUCAUUGAGGGAGAAGGUGAUUUCAAUAAGUUAAGUAUUACCUGCCGCAUCAUAUGCUUUAUUGGCUAAUCCGUUGGAUGAAGCAUCUUUUAAAACGGGAUAUUGAACUUGGACUAGAGCAUGGGCCUUCGAUUUGCUUUCUGUGUGUUAUCUUCCUAACCCUCUGCAAGGAGGGUCCCUCCUUUCGUAUU